AUGGCAAUAUUUGGUUUACUGAUGCCUGUCUUGCUGAUCUCUUUCAAUAUCGGCCAGUCUUGCUGGAGUCCUGAUGACUUUGUGGGUGCCAGCUCUCCCGGAGAUAUUGUCAUUGGAGGCUUGUUUGCAAUUCACGGAAGAAUGUUGCAUUCAGAAGAAAAACCUCUGAAACCGGUCAUUGCCAAUUGUGCUGGUUUUGAAGUGCAAGUGUUUCUUCAGAGUCUUGCAAUGGUACAUGCUAUCGAAAAAAUCAACAACUCUACACUCCUACCUGGAAUUAAACUGGGCUAUGAAAUCUACGAUACUUGUGCAGAGGUUACUAAAGCAAUGGCCGCAGCCCUGAGGUUCCUUUCCAAGUUCAACGCUUCAAAAGACCUAGUGGAAUUGAGAUGUAACUAUUCAGACUACACUCCCAGAGUGAAGGCGGUCAUAGGUGCCACUUAUUCAGAAGUUUCCAUGUCAGUUGCAAGAAUAUUGAAUUUGCAGCUAAUACCACAGGUGAGUCAUGCAUCAACUGCUGAAAUCCUUAGUGACAAAGUACGUUUCCCUUCUUUUUUACGAACUGUGCCUAGUGAUUCCUAUCAGACCAAAGCAAUGGCACAACUGAUCCACAAGUCAGGAUGGAACUGGAUUGGAAUCAUAGCCACUGAUGAUGACUUUGGGCGUCUCGCUGUGGAGAGCUUUGGAUUGCAGGCCAUGGCAAACAACGUCUGCAUUGCGUUUAAAGAAAUGUUGCCAGCUUAUCUUUCAGACAGCACCAUUCAUGGCAAAAUUAAUCAAGCUCUUGAGAAGAUUGUCAAGGAAACCAGGGUAAAUGUCAUUGUUGUCUUUCUGAGGCAAUUCCAUGUAAUGAGACUUUUCAGAAAAGCAAUUGAAAGGAACAUAAAUAAAACUUGGAUUGCCAGUGAUAACUGGUCAGCCGGUGUCAAAAUUAGCUCCAUUCCAAAUAUCAGUCGCCUAGGGAAAGUGGUUGGAUUUACAUUCAAAAGUGGCAACAUGUCAUCUUUCCAUGAGUUCUUGAGCAAUCUACAGUCAACCCCCAUUGGAAACAACUCGUUCUUGAGGGAAUACACCAUGCUUAUGUCAACAUGCUCACAUAUAAAUGAUCAAGAUUUGAGUAAGUGCAUUUCAAAUUACUCUUUGAUGCAGAACCACACUAUAACAAGUAGCCAGCAAUGGAGAAAGGAGUUUCUAAUUGCCAACGUUGAACCAGGAUUUAUCCAUAGCACCAUGCUUGCAGUGCAUGCAAUUGCAUACGCCAUUCGGAACCAGUGCAAGGACAGAAACUGCAAAGACCCAUAUGCUUUUGCCCCUUGGGAGUUGCUUGAAGAACUUAAAGAAAUAAAAUUCACUGACAAUGAAAGGGAGGUCUAUUUUGAUUCUCAAGGAGACAUUAACACAGGCUAUGAUGUAUUGGUUUGGAAGGAAAUUGAUGGACGAAUGGUGAUUACCAACAUGGCAGAGUAUGACCUGGAACAAGAGGACUUCAUCUUUGCUGAUGAGGAGGAUGAAAUUGAAUUCAUGAAUUUAAAGAACGUUCAGUCAAAAUGUUCCAGGAAAUGCUACCCCGGACAAGUGAAGAAAGUCUCAGCAAGCCCACAUACCUGCUGCUAUGAGUGUAUAAGCUGCCCAGAAAACUACUACACUAAUCAAUCAGAUAUGGAUUAUUGCAUUUUAUGCAACAACAGAACCCACUGGUCCCCUGUGAACAGUUCGACAUGCUAUAAGAAGAUGAUUCAGUACCUCAACUGGAAUGACUGGUUUGCUAUUUUGUUACUGGUUCUCUCUGCUCUUGGAAUUGUGUUGAUUUGUGCCAUUAUCAUAAUAUUUACUAGAAAUGUGGACACUCCUGUUGUAAAGGCAUCAGGAGGCCUAACUGUCUGCUAUGUUAUACUCCUUUGUCACUUUCUUGCUUUUGUUAGUACAGGCUUUUUCAUUGGCAAGCCCAAACCCUACAAAUGUAAAGCCCGACAAGCUCUUUUUGGCAUCAGCUUUGCACUCUGUAUUUCAUGCAUUUUAAUUAAGUCACUGAAAAUUUUACUGGCUUUCAGUUUUGAUCCCAAGAUACAAAAAAUCCUAAAGUCUCUCUACAAACCCAUUCCCAUUGCAUCCCUUUGCACUGGCAUCCAGGUUUUGAUUUGUGUGGUAUGGAUAACAGUCAGAAGCCCUUUUGUUGAGGAGAAUUUCUCCAUUAGAAGGGUUAUUAUACUGGAAUGCAAUGAAGGCUCCGUUGUGGCCCUUGGGAUCAUGUUAGGUUAUAUAGCUCUUUUGGCUUUCGUAUGUUUCAUAUGUGCUUUUAAAGGCAGGAAGCUCCCUGAAAACUACAAUGAAGCAAAAUUCAUAACCUUUGGCAUGCUAAUUUAUUUCAUUGCAUGGAUUAUAUUUAUUCCUGUCUACACAACUACUUUUGGCAAGUAUUUGCCAGCUGUUGAGAUCAUUGUCAUUUUAAUAUCCAACUAUGGGAUCCUAAGCUGCACAUUCUUCCCCAAAUGUUAUAUCAUUUUGUAUAAACAAGAGGCAAAUACCAAAUCAGCCUUUCUAAAAAUGCUUUAUAACUAUUCUUCCAAAAGUGCAGGGAAUCUCAGUGUAAACCAAAGUUCUUUGGACUCCAAGAGUACAACACCUCCAAUUCCCAACACAAAUGCUUGCUCUAAGAGUGAUAAAAAAUGGUUAAAUGGCAGCUGCCACUUCCAGGCAUCUGGGUACAGGGAAAUGAGAGGGGACAUACCAUCACAGACUAUAGUAGGGCCUGGAAUCCCAAGGAGAAGACUGUCCAGUAUAUGA